AGUCGGAGCUAGUAGUUUGGUCUACCAUUGCCGUUGCUGUCACUGAGCAGUAUGUUUCAAUUGUCUUCCUGUCACUGACUAUCCUCUAUUGUGUUUGUCAUCUGUGAUCGACUGUUACUUUUUUCGUUUAAACAUGGCUCCGUUUGUGCUGGAAAACGACGUCGAGGUGGGAGAAAGUCUCCCGCCUGCGACUGAGCACGCAGUAAGCGUCUCGCUACCGACAUGGCGGGCGAACGUAGGAUACGAAGAAGGCGAGGAGUGGGUCAUUAGCAAGAUGAAGACUGGAUAUCCCAGAUUCUUCAUACACAAAUCCAUUCAGCGUUUCGCAACAGCUAUAAUACAAAACCAUGGCCGAGAGGGCGAGGAAGCUAUGCUAUUUCCAACGCACUCCACCGCAUCGAGGUGUCGAGAGUUUUUUAUACGACAGGUACCAGACGUGGAUGCAUCCCAAGUUCGAAUCCUUGACCUAGUACCUGCAGCAGAAAAAGCACGUUCAGAGGAACUGGCUAUGAUAUCACCUAGGAUUUCGGUUGUGCUUUUUCCCCAGGAACAUUUCAAGAUUGCCAAAGCCUUCUGGCAGCAUUCUGGAGAUGGUGUGUCAAGCAGGAGGGCCGAAUACUGUCAUCACCUGUUCGACGAGGGCUUUCUGGUUGACGCUUCGAGCUUGAGUAAAGUAGCACGACUAUGCAAAGGCCCCAGACGCUAUCAGAAACAAACAUCGGUCGAUCUAGGUAGCACCAACGGUUCACUGGCUGGCGUGGGUGAUCCUCAGGAUCCCACUUCAUUUGUGGAAGAGAGGUUCGGACGUAAUCUGGAACUUUCAAAGACCAAGAACGCGAAGCUGGCGAUUCGUAGACGUAUUGCGGGAUCGCUGACUGCAGACGUUGCCUUGACGGAAGCGCUCGCCUUGGGAAAUGACGAUGCCAUGACCAGGCAGGUUGCUGAUUUCUCAGAAAAUGACGUUUACCUAUAUCCGACUGGAAUGAGCUCAAUUUUCAAUGCUCACAGGAACAUACUAGCAGCCAAGGGUCCACUCAAAGCAAUCGUUUAUGGAUUUCCCUACAUCGACACACUAAAGAUUACUGAGAAGUUCGGUGCUGGAUCUUUGUUCUACGGUUUUGGUUCCUCAGAAGAAUUGGAUGACCUGGAGAAGCGGCUAGAAGGCGGCGAGAGGUUUAUGGCUUUGUUCACAGAGUUUCCUGGGAACCCUCUGCUGAGAUCCCCAGAUCUCGAGCGUAUCCGCAAGCUCGCCGACAAGUACGACUUCUGUGUUGUUGUUGAUGAGACGAUCGGUAACUUCAUCAAUGUCAACGUGCUCCCCUAUGCAGACGUCGUAGUUAGUAGCCUUACGAAAGUCUUCAGUGGAGAUAGCAAUGUCAUGGGAGGAGGUCUUGUGCUGAACCCGAAAGCCCGGAACUACCAGCUGCUCAAGGGAAUCUGGGACCAAGACUACGUAGACAAUCACUGGGCCGAAGACAGCAUCUUCCUCGAGCGCAACAGCCGCGACUUCGUCUCACGGAUUGACCGCAUUGGCUCCAACGCCGAAGCCAUUUGCGAGGUCUUGAGUGCAGAUCCGCGUGUGAAGCAAGUAAACUAUCCCAAAACAAGUCCCACGCGCCCCUUCUACGACAAAUGCCGUAACCCCAACGGCGGCUACGGUGGUCUGCUCUCCGCAACGUUCCACACAAGACAAGCUGCCGUGGCAUUCUUCGACAACCUCGACACGGUCAAAGGCCCUAGUCUAGGCACAAACUUCACUUUGAGCUCGCCUUAUGUCAUCUUGGCGCAUUACGGAGAACUCGACUGGUGUGCGGAAUGGGGUGUUGAGGCGGAUUUGAUACGCUUCAGUGUUGGUCUAGAGGAGACAAGUAAAUUGGUGGACACUUUCAAGCGCGCGUUGGAUGCUAUACCGCAGUAGUGUUGAUAAUUUGAUGUUGAAUCUCAGCCCGCACAUUGCGGAAUUGGUUGAAUCGAUGAUUGCAAUGUUCCCUGCCACUUCAUGUGUUGGAUCUUGGGUAUCUCGUCCAUUGUUAGAUCAUAGGUCUGCAUGAUACUUCACU